GAUCACACCUACCCACACCAGGCCCCUCGCCUCAAUGUUGCCAGAGAUCCUGGGCGUGUGGCGGGAGGACGGGGGAGUGUCGUGGGUGCCCCUGACACCCGUCACCACCUUCAGGGACGUGGCCGCUUGUGUCAGGGACACCGGGGACCCCUUACCCCACCUGCUGGAGGCUUCACCGCUCGGAGUGCGUGUGGUGGCCGGAUGGGAGAGACCGCUGGAGCUACUACGCCUCUGGAACGGUCUCAAGGAUCAGGUCUCCUACACCGCUUCCUACACCCACAAGGACCACACGGCGGACCCCCUCGCUGCUUUUUCUAAGUCAUCCUAUAUGGAGGAGGAGGAUGAGGAGGACAGCGAUCCCAUAAGUCCUUGGGAAUUGUACGAUCUCAAGGACGAACUCAAGGAUUUUGGUCCGGAGCUUCGUCCUCCUCUAAGCAACGGUGGUCUAUCGACCCCCGUCUUUCCUCAGGGCGGUGUAGGAUUUGCCUUCGACGACCCGCCCCUGUCUCGGUCUCUGGACGAUAGCGACGAGCUGGUGGUGGUAAGCAGUGAUGGCGAAGCCGAUUCGUCCUAUAACUCUCAUACCCACAACCCGAGGAAUAUCUUCGGGAAGUGGUUCUUGGGCAGAAAUGGUCUAACCCGUCACAGCAGUAGGCCUUUGAGGCGACCGUCACAUAACUGGAGCUCCGGCCCCCGCAGACCGUCUGCCAGCUCUCCGUUUGUGCGUGGUCGAUCUCACACUUCAUCUCUCCCGUUAAAAUCUCAGGAAAUUGUACAAGCCCCGUUGAAUUAUCCUAAGCAACGGUACCCAUUAAAUGUUCAAGAAUCGCGGUUUAGCGCAGAAGUUGAUCACAGAAAACGAAUGUUACCUGUACAUACCAUAGAAAAUGGCUCACCUAAUUAUUUCAACGAAAACUUGUACAAAUAUAAUCUUCACAAAGCUUACAAUAAUACAAAUGAAAUUUACUUAGAUAAAACGCAUAGAAAUAGAAACCUGAGCCCUGUGAUAAGUAAAAAACAAAAGUUAAGGUCUUCCGAGCACAAACUGUCAAGUACAAAGCAUGGAUAUGAUAAAGUCAGCGGUAACUGUUCAAUAGUCAAUAACACGGGAGACGAGGCUAGUCGCGUCGCUCGCGCCAGUUACCCAAACCCAAGCCAAAGUGAUAUACGGCACCUCCUUCAGAACCACUUCACAAGCAAGGCUCCUCAACCGAGUACUCAGUCUAACUAUGCAUUGCCGCCGAACUCUCACACGAGGGACAUCCGUAGUUCCGCGGGUCGUGAUCUCCAAGUUAGAAACAGUGAUAGCAAGCGUGUCGACAAUAACAAUGCGCCAAGUAGAGGUCGCUGCGCAGUGAGUGACGAGAGUGAGAGACAUGUGAGGUCCGACAGAGUGAACUUCAGUACAAACUACAGCCCGGGACACCCAGCACCGCGCCAGGGCAGCAGUGUGCAGGCGCGCACCAGCGGGCUCAGGCACUCCACCAAGUUUAAGAGUGUGGAUCACCGUAACAAUGGCGCUCCCGGCCAGUGGGCAGUAGCCAGGGGCGCCACCAGUCAAGUGCAUGAGCGUCCCCCUCAGGCUAAAGCUCUCAGGGAACAAUGGAACGGUGGUGGUGCAGGUGGAAGGAAAGGACAGGGUGGUAGAUCACAUAGAAUCAGUGAUGUGGUAGGGAGCGGGCAGGCCCCUCCCCAUGGUGGGGUAGGCACGGCGCUGCCUUCACUGGGCAGCAGCCAGGAGCGACCCUCCAGGCGCACCACCACACACCGCACCAUCCAUAGACGGUCCUACUCCGACCCGCUCUACGAGUACCUGAAGGAGGACCCCCAGGCCCUCCACCUCCGACACUCACCACGACGACGCAGACAUUCAGGUGAGUCAAAUGAACAAUUCACUUUAGUCUGA